AUGAAGGGCUGGAUCCAGACCCUGUGUCUCACUGCCUUACUGGCGGGACGGACACUCGCAAAUGAAGUGGAAUUGACACAAGAUGAAGCUCAUCAGCAACGAUGUUCGGGAAUGUACAGUCGCAAAGCUUGGGGUGGAAGUGUUGAUCCAUUUAUCUUGACGAAAUUCUCGCCGCAGUCCGAUAUUGGGGAUAGUGAUCCUCUUGUUAGCUUGGUGAUCUUUGAAUGGACGGAUGAGUCUCUCAUUGGGAGAGUGGAAUCGGGCGAUACUCAGGAGAAAGCGACAAUUUGCGACGAAGCGAGUGUACAAGAAAAGUUAUGCGAACAGGAUCAGAUCGGUUCCUUCAUCCUUGCGGCCAAUGCGAGCGACGCCUCCAAGUUCCCGAUUCUCACCAAAGCGGUUCAUCUGAACGACCCCGCCGCCAUCAACUACCCCGUUAAGAAGACGGGCUUCUACUGCGUGAGCACCUAUGGGUAUUCUGGACGGGACUACAAGGCUGUGGUUGAAUUCCGCAAUGCGUACGGGGAAUUGCCCGCUGCGCAGAUUGCAAAGCUCCCUUUCUACGGCGCCUUGACGAUCGUCUACGCUGUCAUCGGAAUAUUUUGGGCUUUCCUAUAUGUGCAAAACCGGCACGAUAUCCUGCCCGUACAAAACUACAUCACGGCUAUUCUCGUCUUUUUGAUCGUUGAACAGUUGAUGACUUGGGGUUUCUACGAUUACCAAAACCGUCAUGGAUUGAACGUCGGCGCCAAAGCACUCAUGAUUAUUGUGGCCGUCCUCAACGCCGGACGAAACUCUUUCUCGUUCUUCCUGCUCCUUAUUGUCUGCAUGGGAUACGGUGUUGUCAAGCCUUCGCUCGGUCGGACCAUGGUCUAUGUUCGGAUUCUGGCAAUCACUCACUUUGUCUUUGCGGUGAUUUACGCGGUGGCCAGCUUGUCGAUCACGCCAGACAGUGCUGGGCCGUUGGUCCUCCUGAUUGUGCUUCCUCUGGCCGGUACUCUCACGGCCUUCUACGUCUGGACGUUGAACUCGCUGAAUGCGACGAUGAAGGACCUUGUCGACAGAAAGCAGAAGGUAAAGGCACUGAUGUACAAGAAGCUGUGGUGGUGCAUUCUGGGAAGCAUUAUUGUCAUCUUUGGCUUUUUCUUUAUCAACUCAAUUGCGUUUGCGGGCCGUAGUGAGGCCAGCUUCGUGCCGGAACAUUGGAAGAGCCGCUGGUUCGUUCUGGACGGCUGGCUCAAUCUGGUGUACCUGUUCGAUAUCGCGUUUGUGGCCUACCUGUGGCGACCCACCGCGAACAACCGUCGGUUCGCAAUGAGUGACGAGCUUGCGCAAGAUGAUGAUGGAUUUGAGAUCCGGUCCUUCGGCAGCGCCUUGGAUGAGGAGGACGCUCUCGGUGGCCCCGAAGGACACUCAGCUCCCGAAAGCCGUCGGGACCUGUCGCCCGUCCCUCCUAAGCCGGUCCCUUCAGCACCACGUCAACGCGAUUCCCUCGAUGGAGAGACAAUCUUCGCGGUUGGUGAAGAUGGAGACAAGUGGACUGACGACGAAGACGAGUCUCCACGCAACUCCAGCGAGCGGAAGCGGCUCACUGGAAAGAAUUCGGACUAG